AUGAAGAUUAUUUCUAGUGCAGAUAUUUCUCUAGAUGAUGAAGUAUUUAUAAAAUUUAGAUUAUCUAAUUAUAUUCAUGAUUCUUUAAUUUGGCAGGACUGUAUUUUAAAUAAAACUAACUUUAACAAUGAAGAAAUUAUAAAAAACUUAUCGAAGAUACUUUGUGAUAGUAACCUUAUUAUUGAACCCUUCAACUUUGAAGGUUCAAACUUAUUUUCGUGUUCACUAAUGCUAGGAGAUGAACCUUUUCAACUUACAUUUUCAUUUGGAGGAGUUAUUCUUAAAGAAAAUGAUAUUAAUUCAUAUGAAAGAAAAUUUAUUAAUCUCAUAUGCACGGAAACAAUUGGCCAUGAUAUUACAACAAAUAAACUCAAAGUAAGAAGACCUGUUGGCUUAAUUAAUUCAAAGAUUUUAGGAUUUAUAGAUUUUUUUGGUAAGGAUAAUGUAAAUUAUUCAGCCAGGUAUGUACUCAGAUUAGCAUAUAUAAAAGUUAUUGCUCUAACAAGAUUAUAUGGAACCAAUAUUCCAAUUUAUAUCUACGAAGGUAGCAAUUACAUUAUAAAAGUACAAAUAGUAACACUUCAAAACCCCACGGUCUCCUAUGAGUUAAUUCAUAUAGAUUUACUAAGUAAAUUUAUAGGUAAAGAACAUUAUUUGUAUACCUUAGAGACAUGGUAUAAUCACUGGAAUCAAAUAGUUGACAGUAAUGUAAUUGAAUAUUUUACAAAGUCUCAUUCAAUUAUAAUACCCAGUAAUUUGAAAUGUAAACAUAUUAAAAAUGAAACGAAAGAUAUAAAAGGUGAUAAGAUAAGUUCUGAUGGAAGUAUGAAUUCUCUUUUUGAUACUACAUCAGGAUUAAAUAAUAAUCAGGUAGAUCAAAGUAUGGAUGAGUUAAAUGAGGAAAUAAUUAAACUAACAGAUAGCAUUGAUUCUCAAGCACCAGAGCUAAUGAAAUUGAAUUAUGAUAAGGCUAAUGAAGUAAAUAGUGAAAUAAUGGAGAAAAUAAGUAAUGUGGAAUUUAAAAGGAGUAGGAAAAGUAGAAAAAAAGAAAAGAAAUUAUUAGAUCUAAAUAAAAAUAACCUUUUUUGUGUUAACAUAGAAGAUAAAAAAGUUAGCAAGGUAAAUUCCGAUGAUAUUGUGGAGAGAUUACUAAAACAACAAGCUUCACAUUUACUAUUAUCAUGA